AUGCCUGAGUAUAUGUUUUUGACAGUCCUGAGAAAGGAGCUUGAGCCUUCAUCAUCCACCAGGCAGGAGAAGGCUGGUGGACCUGAACUCCUUGGUCAUGCCCCAGCAGAGAUUCAGCACAAUCCCUCCUUUUUUUUUUCUUUUUUCAAAAACUGCCUCAGGUACAUGGAGCCACAGAAUCUAACAGCUGUCUCAGAAUUCCUCCUCCUGGGCCUUCCUGAGGAUCGAGAACUACAACCCUUACUCUUUGGGCUGUUCCUGUCAAUGUACCUGAUCACUGUGUUUGGGAACCUGCUUAUCAUUCUGGCUGUCAGCUCUGACCCCUACCUGCACACCCCCAUGUACUUUUUUCUCUCUAACCUGUCCUUGACUGACAUUGGUUUCAUCUCUACUACACUCCCAAAGAUACUGGUGAAUAUCCAGACACAGAAAAAAUCCAUCACCUAUGUAGGCUGUCUGACACAAGUGUCCUUUUUUUAUCUCUUGGGGUGUCUGGACUGUAUGUUCCUCACUGCAAUGGCUUAUGACAGGUUUGUGGCUAUCUGUCACCCCCUGAACUACAGAGUCAUUAUGAACCCCCGCCUCUGUGGCUUACUAGUUUUAAUAUCUUUUUUCUUUAGCCUUUUAGACUCCCUGCUGCACAUUUCAAUGGUGUCACAACUUACCUUCUGCACAGAUGUGCAGAUCCCUAGCUUCUUCUGUGACCCUCCUCAGCUCUUUAAACUUGCCUGCUCUGACACCUCCACAAACAUCAUAUUAAUAUAUUGUAUUGGUGCCAUCUUUGGUGUUGUUCCAGUCUCAGGGAUCCUUCUGUCUUACACUCGAAUUGUUUCUUCCAUUCUGAAAGUCUCAUCUUCGGGUGGGAAGUAUAAAGCCUUUUCCACCUGUGGUUCUCAUCUGUCAGUCGUUUGCUUAUUUUAUGGAACAGGCCUUGGUGUGUACCUCAGUUCAGCUGUCCCAUCUUCUUCCAGAAAGAGUGUGGUAAUCUCAGUGAUGUACACCAUGGUCACCUCCAUGUUGAACCCCUUCGUCUACAGCCUGAGGAACAGGGACAUCAAGAGAGCCCUAUGGAGGCUUCUCGGUAUGUCAGCCUAA